AUGUCACAGUCCUUUGGUAUCACGGAGGAUGUGCCACCAAAGGUGAACCAAGUCCUCACCUCCUACCUGUGGGUCCGUCAGGCCUGGCUGGACGCCCACCUCGCCUGGGACAAGGACGCUUACGGCGGCAUCGACAGCAUCCGCAUCCCCAGCAGCUACGUCUGGCGGCCGGCCAUCAUCAUCCUCUACAACGACGCCAACGACGGCUUUGGCGGCUCAGUGGAGACCAACGUGGUGCUGCGCUCCGACGGGCACAUCACGUGGGACUCGCCCGCCAUCACCAAGAGCUCCUGCAAGGUGGAUGUCUCCUACUUGCCCUUCGACGGGCAGCGGUGCCGCCUCACCUUCGGCUCCUGGACCUACAACGGGAACCAGAUCGACCUCCACAACCGGCUGGACACCGGGGACCUGACGGACUUCGUGGAGAACGUGGAGUGGGUGGCGCUGGGCAUGCCGGCUAACUCGAAAUUCGGCAGCAAGCAAAUAAAAGCCGGCAACCCCGUAAACUUUGUGCACGAAGACCCGAACGAAGACUCAGGAAAGAUUGCCGAGAUUACUUUGCUUUUGAAUGGGAAGACCCAGAUAACCAUCGGAAACAAUUACGGCGGACGGUAUUGCCCCAAGGCUUUACCGAAUCUCCGAACUUGUUCGGACAAGCCUUAG